AUGGACCUAAAUCUAAAUCAAGCUGACUGCUCUUCUCAAUCUCAAAUUUUACCACUAGCGCCGCUUUUACUUGAAGAAACUUCAAAUGAAUUCUGCUUUAAUUACUAUCAAAAUUUUUACUAUAAGAGCCUGACAGAAAUUUCAGAUGAGCGUAGCCUGAUCCCGUCAGAUAAUGAAGAAACCUUUCAAUGCAACAUCUGCUUUGCAGAUUUUUCAUGCAAAAAAGGCUUGAGCCAACAUAUAGGUAAAAUUCAUUCGACAUCUGAUAAAAAGGCAUUAUGCAAACAAUGCAGUAAGAAGUUCAAAAAUGAGAAUGCUCUAAAAUCACAUAUUCUCAUUGCUAUAUAUGAAAAUUUAUAUGCAAACAUAUUGUAUAAUUUUUAUGUAAGAAAAUAAAAUAAAAUUUGUCAGUCACCCAUAUAAAAAAGCAUAUAAAACAAGUACACGAAAAAUCAACCAGAGUUCCAUGCAAAAAGUGUGGCCAGCUAAUAUAUAAUAAAUAUAUGAUGAAAGCGCACAUGGCCCGGGAGCAUCCUGCUCAGGUAAAUAUAUAGAGGGUUUCCUCUAUAUAGCGCUGAAAGCGCAGACAUUUUCCCAGGAGCUUUCCAAGUUCGUCGGACCAAAUCGCUUUUUGGUCCGACCAAGGCAUUGAUUUGGUGCAACCAACCGAUAAAUUCCGAUCAGAAUUUAUCGGCCUUACAGCGCCAAACAUAGGAAACUUCUAUAAGUUAA